GAGUCAUAUGACACACUCAAGAUGGCGUCAGCCAAGCGGUUGGCGGUUCUGCAGCGCCUGCUGAUCCUCUGGGGCGCUUGUUGCGGGAGGAUCUCCGGCAGCCUUGCGGGGCCGCUGCCGCUGGUCAUCUGGCAUGGCAUGGGAGACAGCUGCUGUAAUCCUAUGAGCAUGGGCUACAUUAAGGAACUUGUGGAGAAGAAGGUUCCAGGAAUUUAUGUCCUCUCUCUAGAGAUCGGCAGAAGCUUAAUUGAGGACAUGGAGAACAGCUUCUUCUUGGACGUCAACGACCAGGUGGCCUUCGUGUGUGACAAGCUGGCGAAUGACCCAAAGCUAGAAGGGGGCUACAACGCCAUGGGCUUCUCACAAGGAGGCCAGUUCCUGAGGGCCGUGGUGCAAAGGUGUCCAUCUCCCCCGAUGGUCAAUCUGAUUUCCGUGGGAGGUCAGCACCAAGGCGUCUACGGCUUCCCGCGCUGUCCAGGGGAGAGCUCCCACCUCUGUGACUGGAUCCGGAAGAUGCUGGACAUCGGCGCCUACACCAAGGCUGUCCAACAGCGCUUGGUCCAAGCGCAGUACUGGCAUGAUCCACUGAAGGAGGAAGAAUACCGGAAGCACAGCCUCUUCUUGGCAGACAUCAAUCAAGAAAGGUGCAUCAAUGAAACGUACAAGAUAAACCUAAUGUCUCUGAAGAAAUUUGUGAUGGUCAGGUUCCUCAAUGACACCAUGGUGGACCCUCCUGCCUCGGAGUGGUUUGGUUACUAUCGGAGUGGGCAAGCGAAAGAGACCAUUCCUUUGAACGAGACUGCGUUGUACAAAGAGGAUCGUCUGGGGCUGAAGGAAAUGGACCAAGGAGGCCAACUGGAGUUCCUGGGGGCAGAAGGAGACCACCUCCAGUUUUCCAAGGAAUGGUUUUACGAGAACAUCCUGCCAUUUCUACAGUGAACAUGGCGGGCCUUUUUGAAAACCAAAUCCAGUGGUUAGAAGUGACUUUCAGCAGCAUCUUGGCUCAGGCACCUUUAUCGCACUUUCCUGGAGGAGCAGUAUUACCAUUAACUUGUGCUAUGCUGGUUUUAAAAAUUAACACUUUGGAGGGAAGACAUGGAUCCUCCCCCCAGCAUAUAAAAGCAUGGCCUGGGUGUCCUUCUAGAGUAAGAGAGGAGAAUGCGCAGUACCUGCAAAGCCCCCCCCCAAUCCAUUAGCUGCCCUGGCCAGAGAUGACAGAGGUCAAUUCUGGCAACAGCUGGAAGGCCACACAACUUUUGUAGGGCCACGCGUUCCAUAGGUUUGGUCUAGUAGUUUCCCACUACUGUCAGAUGGCAACUAGCCAACACUGAACACACAGGGACUGCAACCAGGUUGGCCACAGACUUCAAAGAGACAAUACUUCACAGUAUUAUCUUUCAAGGAACAUGCAACACUAAGUGGUUUUAGUUCCAAGCAGACAACAUUUGUGCUCUUUGGGAUAUUUUUCUACCCCCACGUUCUGCCCCAUGGGUGCCAAGGCGAGAGCUCAGUUUAACAAUAAGAGAGGAGAAUUCCUUGUUUCUUUUGAAAUAUGAAUUUACUGGUUUUGAGUCCAGGCUGCUGUUGAAAGGCUGGGUUCUGAAUAUUCUGAGGAUAGUUAUACUCUAGUUGCUAAACACUUUACUGAGUUCUCAGGGAAGCCGUAUUUAAUACUUCUUAGGAACAGGGGAGGGUGACUCUGCGGAAAGUUGCGUUCAACACUGGUAUGUAGCAUGUUUCUCCGUAGGAAAUGAAUGUAGAAGUUGCAGCUCUUAAGUUCUGAAAGCAGCGAAGAGAUCUGGGACAGAGAAACAUCUAGUUAUAUGUACAGCCAAGAUGAGGUUUAGUAGACUGUAGAUUUAAUCUUGCAUACAAUAGAAGUUUCAGAGGGCGGAAACUGUCACAAAGCUGAUUUAAACUUUUCUGUGUUCCGUUUUCAGAAGGAACGGCAUGUAAUUUUGUGACUUGACCCAUUCCAAUUAAAAAAUAAUAAUUUUAAACAA